AUGGAUGAAGAGCACUUCCGCACCAACGAUAAUGACCCUCUUAUCCUAGGGCUUUAUGGGGUAUUUUUUUUUUACCAAAUGACCAACAAAAAGUCAUAUCGACCCCGACAUCCAGCACUGCUUUGGCAUGCUAUAGCAGGUGUCGUUGAGCUUCUUCUCUACUACAGGAAUGUUCGGUGUUCGAUAGGGGCGCUAGUUGCAUGUUUGGUGCAUUCCUUCACAUCACUGGCUUUGGUGAAAGAACUUCCUAAUGGUUAUCCUCCUCACACCCGACCUGUGUACCAGGCAGGCUCCAUCUUGAGAUCGGUUUUGGUCGUGCGCGCUUAUUUGACUCAGACCAACGUCGAUUACCACUCCAGUAUCAUGCCUUUACAUGGUUUCGUGUACACUCGCGCUUUGAUUUUUCUGCUAGGAACUAUGGGUCCCACGCGAAGCUUCGUGAAGAACGUCAAUGCCCCUUAUGUCUAUGCCGAAUCAGUGCUGGGGGCUGCUUUGAUUUCUGUCGGGCACUGUCACGGUUCCUGGUCUGUACCAACCUACCUGGUCUUAGUCCACGCGGUUGGAAAACUGAGCCUGCGAAUUCGGGAGAAGUAUGAGUCCUGCCGUGAGAAAAAUAUCCCUGAGCCUCAUUGGAGCCGGAUCCUGCGAAAACUGGGUUUUUGUACUCGCGGAGGGCAAGAAGUGAUUCCAAAUGCCCCUCUGAUCGGUCAUCUUCCAACGGACAUGAUCGGAGCCAUGUGGACCGAGUACCUUUGA